CUGUGUAACAGGAUUAACCGUCAGACACAUUGCAGAAAUUCCAGUGAUCAAACACUACUAUUUCGAAAUGCUACAUAUAUUCACAUCCCACCCCUUCUACACCACUCACAUUCACCUUCCUGUUGCUGAUGCACAUGUCUCCAGCAUGAUUCGCAACAAUCCAAAAUGUUGGCCAUACUUUUGGGAUGCUAUUGGAGCCAUCGAUGGUAGC